AUGGCCUUCUGGAGGGUGGCGGGCUUCGCUCAGCCGUCUCCCAUUGAGCAAAUUCUUGACAAGGAGGAGUACACACUGGAGGAGUUGUUAGACGAAGAUGACAUUAUUCAGGAGUGCAAGUCUCUCAACGGGCGCCUUAUUGCGUUCCUGCGGGAAAAGGAGGUUGUGGAGCAGCUGCUGCGGUACCUAGUGCAGCCGCCCAGCGACCCAGAUGACCCGAAGAAGCAGUACAAGUACCCCUUCACCGCGUGCGAGGUGUUCUGCUGCGAGGUGGAGGCCGUUUUCAACACGCUGCUCGAGGACGAGGCGCUGCUGGGCCUGCUCUUCUCGCUGGUGGACGCCGAGCCGCCGCUCAGCUGCAAGGCCGCCGGCUACUUCGGCCGCGUCGUGGGGCAGCUGCUGGUGCGCAAGCCCAACGAGAUGAUGCAGUACCUGUCGAACCACGACGAGCUGCUGGGCAAGCUGGUGCGCCACCUCGACGUGACGUCAAUCGCUGACGUCAUCAAGCGGCUCGCCGGCGCCGACGACCAGAGCGCGAUGGUGUUCAUGCCGAUGCACACGCAGUGGCUGGUGGAGACGCCGCUGCUCGACAUGCUGCUGGAGCGCCUCGGCCCCGGCUGGCCGGGCGACGCAGUGACCAACGCGGCCGACAUCCUCACGGCGAUCGCGCACACGCAGCCGAGCGCGCUGUCGUCCAAACUGAUGCAGCCGGUCAGCGUCGCGGCGCUGCUGCAGCGCGCGCUCGAGCCCGGCGGCAAGGUUUUGGUCCCGGCGCUGGAGGUCUGCGGCGCGCUGCUAGAGCCGCGCAACGGCGGGCCCGGCGCCGACGCGUACGCCGGCGCAGGCUCCGCCGCCGGCAGCAGCGGCGGCAGCAGCAGCGGCGACGCCCCCGGCAGCGGCGGCGGCGCGUCGGCGGCGGCGGCGGCGUUCUCGGCAGCAAAGCCGCGCGUCGACGCACUCAGCGCCAUGCUCGUCUACCUGCCGCAGCUCGUCGCCUUCCUGGCCACGCCCGGGGACGCAUCCGCAGUCCAGGAGACCACCUACGGCCUCCUGUCGCCGCCGCUGGGCCGCGCGCGGCUCAAGGUCCUCGAGCUGCUGGCGGUGCUGCUGCACGUGGGCGACGAGGGCGUGGAGGCGGCGCUCGUCGCGUCGGGGGCGCUGGCGCUCGCGAUGGACCUCUUCGCGCGGUACCCCUUCAACAACUUGCUGCACCACCGCGUCUACCGCAUGUUCCAUGGGCUGCUGGUCCAGGGCGGCGCCCAGAUCGUGCAGCACGCGCUCGCCACGUGCCGGCUCGCGGCGUGGCUCGCCGGCCUGCCGGCCGAGGUGGAGCCGGCGCCGCGGCCGGGCUUGGCGCCGCGCAGGGCGCCGCUGCGCGCGGGAUACCUCGGGCACGUCACGCGGAUAGGGAACCUGCUGUUGGAGGUGGCGGCGGCGCGGCAGCCCGUCUCCGACGCGCUCGCGGGCGACGAGGCCUGGGCCAGCUUUCUGUCGGGCGACCUGCAGCGGCGCAACGAGGUGGAGGACACGGGGUGCUGGGAGUGCGGGCGGCCGACGUGCGCGGAGAUGGGGGACCUCGGCAGCGACGGCGACGAGUUCCAGCCGGACAUGGACCUGGAGCAGAUGCAGGGCAUGCAGCCAACGCUCUACCACCGCUACGGCGUGCUGGACGAUGACGGCGACGACGAGGAGGAGGAGGAAGCCCCGGGCACCUCUGCGGGCGCGUCGGAGGGCGCGGCGGCCGCGGGCUACGAGGGGGGCGGUGGUGACGCGCGUGCAUAUGGGACCAUGCUGGCGGCAGCUAUGCAGCAUGUGGACCUCAGUGAUAGUGGGGGCGGGGGCCUUGAGGGCGGGGGCGGCGGCGGCGGCGGCGGCGGCGAGGAGGAGGCGGAUGAGGCGGUGGUGCUUGGGGAGGUGCGGGAGCGCGAGGUCGAGGCGCCCUCCAGCGGCGGGGCGGGGGCAGGGCAGGGCACCGGCAGCUGGAGCUUGCUGGCGCACCCAGGCGCGUUGGGUUCGCCCGUGGCUGCUGAUGUCAGCGGCGGGCGUAGCAUGGAGGACGACGCAGUGCUGCUGACCACCAGCGACGACGAGGACGGCGCGUCGGCCAGCGGCAGCGAAAGCCCCGGCCGCAGCGAGGCGCCGCCUGGCAGCGCGCCGCUGCUUGUUGAGUCUGCAGCCAGCAGUGGCGGGAGCGAAAGCGUCGACGCCGUGGCGGCGUCGCCGCCCAGCGAUGAUUUGGUGCUGGUGGAGCCGCCCAGUGAUGACGCUGGGGCUGCGGCGCCGGUAGAGGCGGGUGAUACUGGAGCCGCAAGUGCCUCAGUAGAGGGCUCUGCAGCACGGCCAGUGACGGACACUGCAGCAUGCCCGCUCGCAGCCUUGCAACCGCCGGCUGCUGGCGCAAACAGCGACGGGCAACACGCCAUGAACGGCGGCGCAGAAUUGGAUGUUGGAGCGGCGCCUGCGGCUGUCGGUGUGGCCAGCGCAGCCGGCGGCAGCAUUGGCGUGGGCAGCGAACCUGGCUUCAAAGAGCACGCUGCAUGGGAGCGGGCCCCGUUGCCAGUGCAGGUGCCAGAACAUGCGUGA